AUGAGUGUCACUAGAUGUCGAUCCUUCAACCUUUUGGCCAUCAUCUUGCUCCUAUUUUCCUCUGCAGCUCUCUCGGCUCAUUUUCGAGUGUGUGAACCCUACACUGACCAAAAGGGCCGGUAUCAUUUUGGAUUCCACUGUCCUCGCCUGUCAGACAACAAGACCUACAUGUUCUGCUGUCACCACAACAACACUGCCUUCAAGUACUGCUGCAAUGACACUGAGUUUCAAACCAUCAUGCAGGUCAACCUCACAUCUACUCUGGAUGGGUUUUCACAUAAUAACUACACAGCGCUGGUUGGAGUGUGGAUCUAUGGCUUUUUCGUCAUGGUGCUGCUGGCACUGGACUUCCUCUACUACUCAGCCAUAAACUACGAAGUGUUCAGGGUGUACCUGGAGAAGUGGGGGCUCGGGGGGCGCUGGCUGAAGCAAGCUCGUAGUCAGUGGCAAAGGCCUGAGCAGGAGGAGAGUCAGGGGCAGCUUUCUCAUCCUGGAGCUCCAGCAGGAUUAUCACAUUACCAACAGCCACACUAUCACUCCCAGCCCAGACACAGCCUAAAGCCAGAGGCCCAGAGUCCGACACACAUUGCACACAACACAUCAAUCGCCUGAGACGCCAGAUGAUGGGAGAACAUCUGAGAGGAAUGCUUAGAGGAAAAUAAAGUUUGUGCCUCAGUCCUUGGAGAAUAACCCUGUUGUAAGUGAAUGCUGGUUCAGGCAUGCCUCCCCUUCCAGCUGUCUCUCUUCAAGUACAACCAUCUCUAAUCAUCUGUUCUUCUGUAUGGAUUUCCCAUCAGAAUCACCCAGAGAAACACAAACGAAUCGUUGGCAUACUUGGUUCUUUCCCAGAACCAGGUAAUUAAAGGAACUACAUCAUAGCUUGGAUUGUAGGGAACGGAGAUGAUGAUGAUGAUGAUGAUGAUGAUGAUAUGAGACUGAACUGAACUUCAGGAGGAUCUAAAGAACUAUAUUAAAGUCUGUCCAGGAUAAUAAACAAUAGUUCUUCACUCAUGACCAACACAGUAUCCCUCAUAAGGGCAGGAGUGUUCAAGAACACCUUUAUAUUUAAUAUAAAUAUAUUUAUAUUGUUCAUAUGACCUAAUCCUGACUAAUUGCUGUAAUUGUGUGGUGGUAGGAGCAUUUGUUUUUACAUUAUUUAUGUAUUUUGUUUUAGGGAAUAUUAUGAGGCAAGCCCUGUAAGGAACCACUAAGACAAUACCAUUGCUGCAAAAACAGCUUGCUGAACACUGCACACGGUACAUGUACAUAUUGUACGUUAUGGUAGGUGCAGUGUUGUCUUGUUUUUUUAAGUCUGGUAAAUCAGUACUGAAGUUGCAGUGAUUCCUGGUAAUAUUUUUUACUAUUUAACAUUCAGCCCACUUGUAAUUUUUGGAAAAAUCAUAUAAUAAAUACCCAAGGAUAUUUCACAGUAUACUAUGAAAAUGUCUUCUUUUUUUUAAAGCAAUAUUUAAUUUAGAUGCAUUCGACACGCUGAAAUUUGAGAGAUUUUAAUUCAUGGAUGGCAAAAGAUUUUUAUGCCAUUCCAUAACAUGAAACCAGUUGUGAUCAUACAUGUUGAAUAUCACUUAUGACAAUUUUGUUCACUUUAAUUGUUAGAUUAGCUAGAGUAUCUGAUGGUCUUCUGAAAGCAGGUAGUGCUUUCACAGUUAUGAAACUGUGUUUUUUUUUUUGUUUUGUUUUGUUUUUUUUUUGCAUUUCAUUUGUAAUCUAAGUCUAGGAAAUUAAUUAAUGAGUUUAAGUACCAACUUUCAUUUACAAUCCAUGUUUUAAUCCAUUUACUAAUCCAUUAGUACUGCCAAUUUGAAAUUACUUUAAAAGAAACCCCAACUAUGAAGACUUGUAGGCCUUAACACGUAAUAAUUGCUCUCUCCUACUAAAAUACGUUGUUAGAAACACACGAAAUAUGUUCAUUACUUUAAAAAUCCUUAAUAUUUAACGCAUAUUUUAACCUACAGAGGCCGCCAUUAUGUGACGUGCGCAAUGAUCUCUGAGUUGAUGAUGUAAAAUGGUUGCACUUGAGCACUCAAAAGAAUUAGCUACUACCCCCCGGAGCAGGAAACGAAUGCCACAGUGUGCUGCUUUUGGCUGUAAUUUUUGUAGUGCGUGUGUGCUGUGAUACAGGGGAUAUCUGUAAAUAGAAUCAAACCUGUAAGCAUCUAGUUAGUGCGUUUUUUCUGUAUAUUCUCAUAACGUAAAACUCCUUAAAAAUUAGCCUAAAACGCCUAGCCAAGGCAUACCCAAAGUAAAAUUAAAGCUGUUCUUGAACCAUUUGGAGUACACGCAUGGCUUUGGUCUCUUGUGAAAGGUGGACUAAAUAUUUUUACAUAAUUGGAUUGUUUGGACCUUUGCCCAUGUAACAAGAAUAUUUUUGUAAGGAUGUUAUGGAUCAGUGGAUUACUAUGAGGUGAGUUGCCUCCGUUUCGUAAGUGUUUAUUUGUAUGUUGGUGGUCUUACAGAGACAUUGAUUGUAACUGCUGUUGUGAUUGUAUCUCAAAAUCAAUCGAAUCACAAGAAUCUUAGCUUUCCAAAUUCAAUUCAAUUCAAUUUUUAUUUGUAUAGCACUUUGUACAAUGCUCAUUGUCUCAAAGCAGCUUUACAGAAAUAUAUAAACACGGGAUACAGGUUUUAAGUGUGUGAACUUAUCCUAAUUGAACAAGCCAGUGGCGACCGUGGUGAGGAAAAACUCCCUAAGAUGUUAAGAGGAAGAAACCUUGAGAGGAACCAGACUCAGAAGGGAAUCCGUCCUCAACUAGGUAACCAUGGAUAGUGUAAAAGUAAAGAAAAGUUCAUUAUGGUUUUUUAUGAAGUCUGUUUGUUGAACUACUCCACUGUUCAAAGGAGACCUGAGUGCAAAACUGCAUGUGGUAAUUGCAGUCCCAAGGCCAUAGCAGCAACCAUAGUCCCAGCAACCACUGUGAGAAUGUCCAUCUGGAAUUGGAGUAGAUUAGAGCUCCAUCCAGAGGUAGGGCAUCCGAACGGAUCAGGCUGGUCCGGAGAGCAGAAAGGAUCAGGAUCACUAGCAUCUCCAUAAAAUCAAAGAUAAUCCAAAGAUACGAGUGCCUUCGUACAUACAGAAGCUGUGUAGAUAGAUUUGCUCAUAACAUGGUGACAGCGUGCUGGUGGGCCGUCGGAAUUUUAACAGGAUAAAGUAUAUGAUGGCGAGAUGGCUGAUAAUCGCUAAAAAUUAUUGCUAUUAGAAUACGUUUCAUCAUAAAACGACAGUUGAAUCCAUAUGCGUACCUUAAACAACAAACACUCUCGGUUGGAAUAGACGUGCAGUUGCCAGACACCGGUGAUUUUGCCCCACUCUCGCCUCCUCACCUCUCUUAUCGUCUUCAUUUUGAUGUACAUUUUGAGUAAUGUCUUCUAUAUUAGCCUCCUCACUUAUGUCACGCUUGGGUCCAAAUUGACAAGGCUGAAGACAUGUUUAUAUCGCAGUAGGGUUGCUGGAGAAUCAAGACCAUUGCAACCAUUUGACGUCACUAGCCAGAAUGCAUUGCAACGUAAACAGCAGUGGCGGCCUAUGAGUGCAAGGAUUUAUUAUUUUUUAUAAACCAAAAUCUAAACAUCUGUUUUGGUAUAGCGGAUUAAUAUAGUGGAUGGCAGCGUUAAUCUAAUAAUAAGCCAUACAAGUCUUCAAAGACGGGGUUUCCUUUAACACCUUUCCUGAAUUAAAUAUAAAAUGUAUAAAAGUAUAAAGUAUAUCCCAUCUAUGAGCAAAACAGUAUGGUUGAAUUGUUUUUAAAAUUGUUAAUGGCAACACUUCUGAUUUUCUAUUAUUAAGACGGGGCUGUAUAAUGAACAUGAAUACAAUAUACACUGCAACAUUAUAUAAAAAGAAAUAACAAGUCUCGUGAGAAACAUGUGACUGAUUAGGUAGUGAUUGUAAUCCUGCAGCCCAUAAUUAUGGUAAAUAAGCUUCAAAUAUGCCCAGUAUAGCCAAAAUCCAAUUACUCCAAUUUCUAGAGUGGAACGGUAUCAUCUCAUGUUACACCUUGACGUUCAUUGCAAUGAUUAGCUGGCUGGGAAUGCAGGAGGGAGAUGGACACAGAAUGAACAAUGGUAGAUAACAGGAAAGGGGUAGAGAAUUUCAAGCACAUCUGCAGCAGGAUGGGAAAUUAAUUGGAGAUGGGAGAUAAUUCGCAAUUCUGUGUGGUCUAGUACACAGACUGCUAGGCAGAUUGAAUCUAUAAACAUUAUUUACUGUUUGGAUUUGAAUGGAUUUUUAAGGGAGUACACCAGGGCAUACAAGUCAGUAGACUAACAUUAAUAAAAUUACUGUCAUUGAUUUACCACAAAGAG